AGCUGCGCCGCUUGUAGCUUCCCUGCCGGCCGCGGGUCUGUUCUAGAAAUUCACGUCGCCUUCUCACGCCAGAUAAUUCUUGGCACACCUUAUCUCUGGCAGUCUAACAUGCCCCCCAAACCUGAUGUUUUGAGUGAAGAUGAACUGCGCAAAAAGCUGUACCAGACCUUUAAAGAUAGGGGUGUACUGGACACGCUCAGGACCCAGCUCAGAAACCAGCUGGUUCAUCAAUUGAUGCACCCUGCUUUGAGCGGAAAACUGCAGCCUCAGUCUACUCCAGUCGAAGAGAGUGGCCUCUUAAUAGGCGCUUCCAACUCUCUAGUGGCAUAUCACUUACAAAACUGUGGCUAUGAGUAUUCCCUUUCUGUUUUCUUUCCGGAAAGUGGUUUGGCAAAAGAAAAGGUGUUUACUCUGCAAGACCUGUUACAACUCAUUAAAGUCAACCCCCAAUCCAGUCUCUACAAAUCACUGGUUUCACGAUUUGAUAAAGAAAACCAAAAAGGUUUUCUCAUUCAGUUUUUAAAAGAGUUGGCAGAAUAUCAUCAGUCUAAACAGCGUUGUGAUAUGGAAACUCAGACAAGUUUGACAUUUCCUAGUGGAGACUCUCUUGCUGAGAAGCUUCAGCUUAUUGAUGAUCAGUUUGCAGAUGCUCGUCAGCAUGCUAAGUUAGAAUCUUUAGAAGGAAAGUUAAGUGAAUAUGAGAGAGAAAUAGAACAGCAGCUUCAGUCAGAAAUGGCUCAAAAGUUGAAGUAUUUUAAAGAUAUUGAAAUAGAAAAAAUUAGAAUGGAAGACAAAAGAGAGUCUGAGAAUCAAUUAGCUGAUUUCCGGAAUGAAUUUGAGAGAGCUUGCCAAGCAAAAUUGGAAGCCCUUAUUUAUCAGGAAAAGAAAAGCCUUGAGAGUCUUCAAAAACACAAGGGGACUGAGGCAAAAGAAAUUUAUGCCCAACAGCAGAUACUCCUGAAAGAUACAGAUUUGCUAAGAAGCAGAGAAGAAGAUCUGAAGCAAAGGAUUGAAGCUUUUGAAUUGUCCCAGAAACUGCAAGAAAGAAAAAUUAAAAGCAUGGAAAAUGUACUUAAGAAGCGGGAGCUGAAUAUAAAGAGCCUGGAGGAGACCUUUGACCAAAAGCUCAAGAAUGAACUUCUAAAGUAUCAACUUGAACUGAAGGAAGAGUACAUCACUAGAACUAAUAGACUGAUGGAAGAUGAAAGAAAGAAUAAAGAAAAAGCUAUGCAUUUGCAAGAAGAGUUCUCAGUUGUUAAUUCAAAAAAGGAAGAACUCAAUCAAUAUGAAAAUCGCCUGAAAGAACUUGAGCAUGAGUUAGAGACUGUCAAAUCCAAGUCUUUGGCAAUAACAAAACAAAACCACUUGCUGAAUGAAAAAGUUAAAGAAAUGCAUGAUUAUUCAUUACUAAAAGAAGAGAUACUGGAGCUUCAGGCACAAAAUAAAUCACUUAAUCAACAAUUGGAAGAAAGUAGAAGUGAAAACUUCCAUCUCUCCAACUGCAUAAGCCAACCACCUCCUGAGCUUGUGAUGAUACAGAAAGAAUUAAAGAAAGCAGAAGAUGCUAUAGCUCUUGAGCAUAAGGAGUUUGAAACCCACAAAGAAGCUCUGGGUAAACAGCUGCAGAAUGAAGUGAGUAUUGCUCUUCGCUUGUUAAAGCAUUAUGGGGAGUAUGAGGCUUAUGUAAAAAGGUUAAAUAUGCAGAUUAUUGAUUUAAAGCUGCAGCUGAAACAAACCCAUACAGCUCUAGAGAAUGCAGUGUACCGCCAUCCCAAGCUGUCUCUGAUUGAUUGUUCCACCAGCGGCUUGAUUGGAGGCAGGACGGUGCCUCACCAUGGUGAUAUCUGUGGCGAUUUCCUGAAGAAUCCUCUUGCACAGGAAAAGGUCGGGGCGGUCACAGUUAAACCAAGGACCACAGUUUAUCCCUGUCCAGACACAGAGUGUAGUUCCCUCGAUUCUGACCUUAAGUUUGUAGCGAGCACUAAGGCACGAGUCAAAGAGCUCAAGCGAGAGGCCCAGCACCUGCAAAACGCUUUCAGAACUUACCAUCAGAGAGUGCUUCCGCCCACAGCUGGGAGCCCACCGCCAACCAGGUAUCCGCCGCCCCUGUACUUACUGGGAAUGGGAAGAAACGGUCCCCGUAGCUCCCCAGGAAGACGGCUUUUUGUAGAGGAUGGGAUUUUCUCCAGGCGGCCUCACGUGAGCGUGCUUAAAGAGGAAAAGAGCGCAGAGCUGGAGCCAGGGAGCGGCCCUUCCCCAAGGCGCUUCUCCUCCACCCCCCUGUCCCAAGCGAAGGGAAGAUUUGAUAGUGACAUAUAUCUGGAAGGUAAGCUACUGCCAAAAGGGUUUGCGGAAGCAGAGCACCUAGGCAACUUGAAGUGGCAGGAUGAGCAUGCAGGCGCCUGUCACCUGGAGCAGUGUGCUUGCUCCCUGGCCCUGCGUUUCCUGGUCUGCUGUGGGGUCCCUCCCUACGCUGCAGGGUUGGCGUGGGAGGCACCGGGUCGGAAGGAUGACCCAUUCCAGCAUGUGGCUUGGUGCACAGAGGUGGUUGGGGAGUGGCAUGUCCUUUCCUUGACUGCUGGUCUGGACAGAUCACGCAUUGCCUCCCCCGAUCCUUCUUGUGACAGGACGUCCCAGUCUUCACCUGCUGAGUCUAGGCAGAGCCUCUCCGUGCCUUCCUCCCCCACCCCCCCCCCCAGAGCAGCUGGCAAGUUCUUCCAAUCCAGUCUUUACCAAAAGCUAACUGAACUUCAAGGAGAAAGUGAAUUUUCAGAUCUGGACAAGCUAGGUUUUGAGGAUAAUGAGGAACUUGAAUCAUCUUUUGAAUGUAAGUUCAAACAUAGGUAUGCAUUUUGUUCAGAAUCUUGGAAGGAAAGGGCUCCCCCGGCAUCUUUGGUUGAAGAGUCCUGUGACCAGCUCCCACACACACUGAAGCUCCCCCUUCUCCUGCUGUCCCCACUGAGGACUCACGGGACGAUUGGUGCACCUUCCGUAGAUGCAGGGGACGAGCUGAGGUGGUGUGAAGGAGACGGGCUGCUGACAACUUGCUGUACGAAGAAGCCAUACCUGCCGUGCCCCACCCCCCGCUGGCCUGUCUCAUAUCACUAUCCAGAAUCAAGAAAAGCCUUCCUGAGACUGACCGGGAGCCAUGCAAACUGGUGCCCCAUUUGUUUGAAAAAUCUGAUGCCAGAAGCUAUUCGCUCUUUAUUUUCUGCUCUGUUAGACAUAGAUGAGAGACUAUUUGAAGAGCAGAGGGAAGAAGUAUUAUUAUGGGAACAGUACCUGCAAGAACAAAGGCAGAAAGAAGAAAGGUGGCAGUGUGAACAACAAGAAGCUUUAGAAAGGGAAAGAAGAGAACUAGAAAACCUGGAUCAAGAAAGGAGGAUGAUUGAAGAAUCAUUGACACUUGAAAUGGAAAAAUAAUUAGAAAUGAGUAUUCAAGAAAUGAAAGACAAAUCUGCUUGUGGUGAGGAUCCUUUAGAGAAAUACAUGCAGCUCACUCAGCAGGGGCAAGCUCAGGCCUCGGCAGAGUGGAGCUCAAAAAUGAUAGUCACCAGAGAAAGAUCACUAUCAGACACACCACCACCUAGUGCCAAAGAAAGAGCAGAUGCCAUCUUCCCCAGUACUCGCCUCCAGGACCUGCCUGUCAGUGUUAAAAUUGAUGGCCACCCAGAUAUCAACACAGAAGGCUUGCUUUGGGCCUGUCUCUCUGGCAAGAGCCUAGAGGAGAGCAUUUCCCUCUACAAAUCCAAACCAGGCUGA